GGAACUCGCCGGAAGUGUUAGACGAACACAUGCACAUGUGCUUUGGCCAAAUAGGAAAAUGGGAAAGAAGGCCAAAGUUGGAAAAGCUAGGAAGGACAAGUUUUACAAACUAGCGAAAGAGACAGGAUAUCGAGCUCGAUCUGCCUUCAAAUUGAUACAACUCAACAGAAAGUUUGAAUUUUUGGAGAAGGCCCGUGUAGUGGUGGACCUAUGUGCAGCCCCGGGAGGAUGGCUGCAAGUUGCAUCCCAGAACACGCCCAUCUCCAGUCUCAUAGUCGGUAUUGACUUGGUCUCCAUUCGUCCGAUCCCCAAGUGUACAACCUUCCAGGCAGAUAUCACAACAGAGAAGUGUCGCCAGAUUCUGAAGCAAGAGCUGAAGACGUGGAAAGCGGACGUGUUCCUCAACGAUGGCGCUCCUAAUGUGGGCAAGAACUGGGUCCAUGAUGCCUAUCAACAAGCUGAGUUGACACUGUAUGCCGUGAAGCUUGCAACUGACUUCUUGCGGAAGGGGGGAUCGUUUGUCACCAAGGUGUUCCGGUCCAAAGACUACUACUCACUGUUGUGGGUGCUUCAGCAGCUCUUUCACACUGUUAACGCCACCAAACCGCAGGCGUCCAGGAAUGAGUCUGCGGAAAUCUUUGUGGUGUGCCAAGGCUUCCUGGCGCCAGACAAGAUAGAUCCCAAGUUCCUGAACCCCAAGCACGUGUUUCAGGAUGUGGAGCAGGAGGGCCGCCAGCUUCUGGACCUGAUACAUCCCGAGAAAAAGAAGAGAAAUCGAGAGGGGUACGCUGACGGAGACUACACUCUGUUCCACACACUGUCCGCAUCACAGUUCCUGGCUGCUGACAACUUCCUCGAGCUCCUGGCAGGAGCCAAUCAGGUCACACUUGAUGAGGAGCGGAUCACGAACCACCGUCUGACCACACCAGAGAUGAAGGAAUGUCUGAAGGACAUCAAAGUUUUGGGCAAGAAAGACAUCAAGGGCUUGCUGACGUGGCGGAAGAAGCUGCGAGAGGAGCUGGGCGUAGAGGCUGUUGCCAUCACUGAGGACGCAGCAGAUGCAGACAGACCUGAUGGCAGCAAGGAUGAUGCUGAACCUAGUGAUGAAGAGGACCUGGAGGUGGAGAAGCAGCUGGUGCAGAUGGAGGAUGAUGAGCGGAAGGCCCUCAAGAGGAAGUUGAAGAAGAUACGUCGAGAGAAGACCAAGUUGCGACACAAGAUGGAUAUGAAAAUGGUUCUGCCCAAUGACAAACCAGACAUUACUGAUGAUGUGGACAUAUUUGAUUUAAAGAAGAUAAAGAACAAGAAGCACCUGAAGGCUGUGGAUGAGGAUGACCAGGCGAUGCAAGAGGAGGAGCUGGAGUGGGACGAUGACCCACUGCCUCCGCCCGCUAAGCGCCGGACAUUGUCGUAUGACCGACACACCAAGGACUACCUGGAGAGGGAGGACGCUUCAGAGGAGGAGUAUGACUCAGACCCUGACCUGCAGGAUGACGACCGGCCCGGACCUAGUGCAGAUGUGGAAGAAGGAGAACACAACCCUCUCCUGGUGGACUUGCAGAAGCCAGGGGUGAAGACCAGCAAUAGGACCAACUCCUGGUUCAGCAAGAGUGCCUUUGCUGACAUAGAAGAUGACGCAGACGAAGAUGCGGAGAUCGAGAAGAUAGCUGAUAGGUACAGGAGCAAGGGAGGACAGAUCACAGACAAGUCUACUGAGAAGACACCACACAAGAAGAAGGCCCCUGCUGUUAAAGAAGACCAUGACGAAGACGACGACGAUGAUGAUGAUGAUGACUCCGACACCGACUCCGACUCCGGCAGUGACUACGACACAAUGGAACUGCAAGCGGGUCCCGGCCAUCAGGAAGCUCCAAGCAACAAGAAGCAGAGCCGUGAUAACAAAGAUGGUUUUGAAAUUGUGCCCUCUGCAAAUACAGACAAGCUGGAUGCAGUAGGCAUGGCUCUUGGUUCAGCUCUGGCCCAGUCCCGCAAGAGGAAGAGAGACAUUAUAGACAACGCUUACCACAGGUACAUGUUUGAUGAUGAUGGUUUGCCCGACUGGUUUGUGAAGGAUGAAAGUAGACACAGCCGGAUCCAACUGCCAGUCACCAAGGGAGACAUUCAGGAGUACCGGGACAAGCUAAAGUCAGUGGAUGCAAGACCCAUCAAAAAGGUUGCAGAGGCAAAGGCAAGAAAGAAGAAGAAGGAAGUGAGGAGGCUGGACCGGGCUCGGAAGCGGGCAGAGGUUGUCACCGACUCAACAGAAGUCUCUGACAAGGAGAAAUGGCAGCAGAUCAAACAGAUCUACAAGAAGGCGGGUCUGCUGUACAAGAAGAAGAAGGAGGUGACCUACGUGGUGGCCAAAAAGGGAGGGGGCAAGCGUCCCACACGGCCGUCAGGGGUCAGCGGCAUCUACAAGGUCGUUGACAGACGCAUGAAGAAAGAAAAGCGUGCUGAGAAACGGAAGGCGAAGAAGGGAGGCAGCAAACACAAAGGAGGAAGGAAAGGGAAGAAAUGAACACUGAAUGUAGCAGCCAGACUCAGGGACAGUGACAUGGGGCUCCCAGACAGUAAAAGGCGACUAUGCUUGCCGUAAAAGGCGACUAACGGGAUCGGGUGGUCAGACUCGCUGACUUGGUUGAUGCAUGUCAUCAAUCCCAAGUGCGUGGAUCGAUGCUCAAGAUAUUAAUCACUGGAUUGUCUGGUCCAGACUCAAUUUUUUACAGACUGCUGUCAUAUAGCUGUAAUAUUGCUGAGUGCGGCGUUAAACAACAAACCAACCAACCAACCCAGACACUGACAGAGUGGCUACAGUCACUCAGGCCAUCUACCUGUACAUGCUGACCCCAUGGUGUGGGUGGUGUAUAUGCUGAACGCAUGGUGUUGGUGCUGUAUAUGGCGAUCCCCGUGGUGUUGGUGGUAUAUAUGCUGAUCCACGUAGUGUGGUGGUAUAUAUGCUGAACCUUGUGGGGUGGGUGGUGUUUAUGCUGAUCCACGUGGUGUGGUGGUGUUUAUGCUGAUCCACGUGGUGUGGUGGUGUUUAUGCUGAUCCCCGUGGUGUUGGUGGUAUAUAUGCUGAUCCACGUAGUGUGGUGGUAUAUAUGCUGAACCUUGUGGUGUGGGUGGUGUUUAUGCUGAUCCACGUGGUGUGGUGGUGUUUAUGCUGAUCCACGUGGUGUGGUGGUGUUUAUGCUGAUCCCCGUGGUGUUGGUGGUAUAUAUGCUGAUCCACGUAGUGUGGUGGUAUAUAUGCUGAACCUUGUGGUGUGGGUGGUGUUUAUGCUGAUCCACGUGGUGUGGUGGUGUAUAUGCUGAUCCACGUGGUGUGGUGGUAUAUAUGCUGAACCUUGUGGUGUGGGUGGUGUUUAUGCUGAUCCACGUGGUGUGGUGGUGUUUAUGCUGAUCCACGUGGUGUGGUGGUGUUUAUGCUGAUCCCCGUGGUGUGGUGGUGUUUAUGCUGAUCCACGUGGUGUGGUGGUAUAUAUGCUGAUCCACGUAGUGUGGUGGUAUAUAUGCUGAACCUUGUGGUGUGGGUGGUGUAUAUGCUGAUCCACAUGGUGUGGUGGUAUAUAUGCUGAACCUUGUGGUGUGGGUGGUGUAUAUGCUGAACCUUGUGGUGUGGUGGUAUAUAUGCUGAUCCAUGUGGUGUGGGUGGUGUAUAUAUGUGACUUUGUUGAGUUCGUGUAAAAGUGGUCCCAACAACGUGGACCAUGUGUCAAUCAGACUCGAGUAUUUAUAGGCCGCUGUUGUGUAGCUGAAAUAUUGUUGAGUGCGACAUUAAUCAACAAACAAGGGACUGCUGAACAUGCAGACAUAGUGAUCCCCCUGUAAACACACAGGGGGUCCAGCAUGGUGUGGUGGGCUCGUUUACACCAUUCAGUGUACAUCAUCUUGUACCACAUUUGGAGGACUCGGGGCUGGAUCAUUGACACCAAUGAAUGAAGAGUUUUUGUUGGUUACAUUAAUUGGAUGUAAAGUCGAGGAGGUAUCUGUACAGCUGUAUACAUGCAAUGAUGUGACACUCACUGACAUUUGUAAAUACAUUGAUGAUGUGGAUAUGCAAUACAAACAUAUUGAAACUGA